GGAAGAGGGAAUGCAUACAUGGAAACAUAAUUUAAAAAAUAGUUCACAUUUGUCAACUGUAUACUUUUACACACUGGGUAUCAUAUCGACUUUCCCGAGAUGACUGAAAUCGGAACCACGCCGAGUCCUGACAAUUCGUCCGCAUCUUUUGUGAACACAUCCCAAUUUGCAAACACAACUUUUUCGAUGUCGGACCUCGACACCACUGCACUGUUAGUCCUUAUAUUAAAGUUUCUCGCGUUCAUUGUCGGUGUUGUUGGAAACGCAUCCGUUAUCCUCACUGUUUUCUUGAAUAGGAGAAUGUUAAACCCAACGACUAUUUUGGUGGUAAACCUUGCUGUCGCCGACUUGUCUUUCAUAGUCUUCCCCGUGAUUCAUUUUGUCAUUAUGAUAUGCAUAUAUGAAUUUCAAAAUUGGGCAUUUGUAGAUAUUUGGUGUAAAACGAAAUACUAUAUCGUUUUUGUGAACUUGUCUGUGAGCGUCAUCACUCUCGUGCUGAUAUCUGUGGACAGAUAUCUUGUCGUCGUAUAUCCGAUCAAAUCCAGGACGAUCCUAUCUUGGAUUAUAACGCUUCUAAUCAACAUUCCUGUCAUAUUUAUAUAUUCCCAAGUCGGCAUAUAUGAUAUAUUUAACUGUGUUGAUAUAAAUAUCUACUACGGCGAUUAUGUCGCAGCUCUGAUAUACCAUGUAAUUGAAUUUGUUUUCUUAUUUGUUAUACCACUAACAGUCAUGUGUACGCUUUACGUUAAAGUUAUCAAGACGCUCCGUUGUGGAGUUAGUCCUUGCGGGAGGCAAAACACGAGGAUGAAGAAACGCGUCACCAGAAUGUUGCUCAUCGUUACCAUCAUUUUUGCAGUGUGUUGCUUACCAACUUAUGUUGUCGGACUGUUUUCUGCAUCUGGCAAUGAUUUCACGUACUUCAUAGAUACGCUGUCGUCCAUCCUGUUAGUCAUAAACAGUUGCGCCAACCCAAUUGUGUAUGCUUUCCUUUCUACAAACUUCCGUAGAAGUUUUCGAAGAACUGUGUUAUGCAAAAAAAAGAACAUCCGUGUUCUCGUCGAUCAGCUCGAAGGAAGAAGUUUCGAACUCGAGAAAAAGAACGACAUGUUGAAAGAGAAAGUGGACAAAUUGGAAGAGCGAGCCAGAGAAUCUGACAGUAUGAAUAUAGGGCUAGUGUACAAAGUGAACGAUUUGGAACAGCAAGGCAGGAAAAACUCCAACAGGAUUGUAGGCCUUAGCGGUAAAAAGGGGGAAAGAAACAGUCGAAGAAUGUGUAGAACAAAUAGUGACAUUUGUGGGGGAUUUGCUGGAGGGGGAAGUAAAGAGCAACGACGUAGACAUUGCACAUAGACUCGGGCGAUUUGACAGAAGCAUACCACGGACGAUCAUCUGUAAAAUGACCCACAGGAGGAGGAGGCCAAGAUCCUCAAUAACAGACGUUAAUUGAAGAGAAAAAGACAAAUCGUCUUCGAGGAUUUGACAAGAAUGAAUCAAGAAACACUUAAUGAAGCGUACAGACUUAAAAGCGUUAAACAUACUUACAUGGACGGACAAUUAUUCACAGUUUUAACCAACGAAAAAAGCGAAGACUGUCAUACGAUACAGAGCUGAUAGAUCAGUAUCUUUCAGAUGACAACAAUUUAAGAAACUAAGAGACAGAUUUUAUGGAACUGUGUGACAAGUGUUAUAUUUGAGUGCGAGAUCGGUAUCUGACUAUAGGCUCGCGUA